AUCCGUUUUUCGUGAUUGUACUUGUUGGCAUGCUAUAAGUUUAAUAAGGGCACUCCAUAUUUUACUUACUAAGUUUAUCUCAUAGUUUUUCCUUGUCCACCAUUUCAGGAAGUGAAACCGAGGACGAGGAAACCAUGGGAAGUGAUGAGUUAGAAAGCUAGCCAUUUUAAGAUUGAUAUAGAUUCUAGAAAUCGUGGUCUUGUAAGCUAGAGUGUAUUUGGAGAUUUAUGAUAUCAGAGAGAUUUUAAAGAUUUGAUCUUCGGAUUUUGAUGGUAUCAGAGUGUGAAUUUGAUAAGUUCCGAGCCUUGUGCACUUGUGGGACCCGUCUCACGAGUGUACGGCGUCUGUCGCGCCUCGAAUUUGGGUUUUGGGGCGUGACAGAGAGUGAGGUUGGAAAAGAGAAGAGUGAAGAGGGAAUGAAAUAAAGAGUAAAUGUGAGAUUUGCGUGGCUCAGGAAUGAGGUCACCGGUCGUGAAGUGGAAGAGAAACAUGGUUCUAGGAAAGGAGGCAGAGGUGGAGAGCAAUGUUGAUGUAGUAUUGGACAUGUCUAAUAGGGAAAACCUGGCAACCAUUUUUAAAUUGAUAUUCGAGAAAUCGGUUGUGAAGAAACCAGGGUUCAGUUUGAGGAUUGAUCUCAAGAACAAAGUGCACUUACUUUUCUUCUUUUCCUCUGAUUGUUGUUGAUUUUUCCUCUACAAUCUAGUGUUGUCUACUGCUAAUUGUUUGUUUGAUUUGGUAUAAGUGAUAUGUUUGAAAAUCUUACAAGGAAAUGACAAUGUUAUUAGGAUAAUGGUCAUGAUUGUAUGUGUAAAUGGCUUCUUUUGUGAUGUUAUAGGUAAUGGUCAUGAUUGUUUCAAGUAAAUGGUGAUUUUGUGU